GUAGUGUUGUGUCUAGUUGUGCAGAAUUGGCCUCCUGAUUAUUUUUAGUGAUACAACUACAACUACUAUAAAAAACAAAAAUCCCUAGAAAUUAUUCGAAUGUAUUCCGAUGUUUGUGGUCAGAAAUGAGCCAAGAAAAUAUUUGGGAAAGUCCAAACCAGAGAGAGAGAAGAUUAUUAUCGUAACUCUUUAUCGUUUCAUCGAGAAGACAUGGAUGCGGUGAUCUCCGGUUCAGCAUCGGUGACACUGUCACUCGCUCUCCCUCCGGUUCGUACAGUGUCUGCAUCUACCUCGUCCUCUCACUUUUUGUCGCUCAGCCAGAGACUCUCCUCUCUCAGAACAAGGCACGGUUUUGGGAAGCAUUUGUGUGCGGUUCCUCAACGCACGGUGACAUGCGGUGCGAGCGUGAGGGAGAUCAAGGAGACUGAAUUCAAAGAGACGGUGUUGAAGGCUAACUGUCCGGUUCUGGUUGAGUUCGUGGCUACUUGGUGCGGUCCUUGCCGUCUCAUCGCUCCCGCUAUGGAAUCCCUCUCUAAGGAAUAUGAAGACAGAUUAACUGUUGUGAAGAUUGAUCAUGAUGCCAACCCAGGACUAAUUGAAGAGUAUAAAGUUUAUGGACUACCCACGUUAAUACUCUUCAAGAACGGGCAAGAAGUUCCAGAAAGCAGAAGGGAAGGUGCAAUUACAAAAGUGAAACUUAAAGAGUACCUGGAUGCUUUAUUGGAAUCAAUAUCAGUUUCAUAGUCAUGUUCAUAUAUGUUUCAAAAUUCUGACAUGUUCCGAGAGACCUGUAAUAUAGGAGCAUUGUUUGUUCCCAUAUCUUGUAUGAAACAGUUUAACAGGCUUUUACAGUUGUAUAAUCUGUAUCAUUUCUGAAGAUGCAAAUACAUUUCCUUAUCAUUUGGUUCA